UAAGCGCCCGGGGAACCCCACACCAGCCACACGUGUCCCGCCAGCAACACCUACUGAACCAUUCACCUGCCAAAGGUCUUGGUCAGUACCACCUUCCCUCAAGCAGUCGUCAACACCUUCACCUCUCCAGCAGAAGCCACGAUGAAGCUCUUGCUGCUCUCAGCUCUGUUGUUUGCGAUUGUUGUUGUGGGAACAACAUCUCAGCGCACACACUAUGCUGGGAGUAGCUGUCCGGAUCCCAACUCGUUCGGAAGGGUCUGCAUUCAAUACUACGACCAGUGUACCUCUGACCAGGAGUGUCGGACGACUGGCAGGGGCCACAAGUGUUGUCUUGUUGCUGGCUGUGGCAAGGAGUGCAUGAACUAAGGUCAGGAGGAACAAAGGGCACUCUGCAGGAGGGGCAAAAGUAUACACUGUAGGAUGGGCAAUAGGGUACGCAGUAGGAGCAAUUAAUAAGAGCGUUUUCAUAUUAUCUAUGAAAUUAUUUCAGCCAGUAGAGGCGCUGUGUAAUAUUCCUUAAUAAAACCAGCAUUACACACGUCUAGAAUACUUUCAUCUAUCACGAAUGCUUGGAACCUGUCCGGGAAACACACCCUAAGAUGUUCCAGCUCACUUGGACGAGUUGACACCUUGACUCCACAGUUGUCUCCCAACAACUGUCAACCUCAAGAUGGCACAACUUGUAUGAACGUAUCAAGAUAUGCAUAACAACGCACAAGACAAUAAACAAAGAAUAAUGCAUAAGACCAGCAAAACAACACACGAUAAUUAAAAAAUAAUGCAAAAGCCAUUAAGAACCUCAUGAAAUAAAUGCUGAAUACCAACAAUAAAUGCAAAACAAUACACAUGACUUGCAAAAAACACAUAAAAAAUUAUAAAAAAUGUACAUAACAUAAGAAAACAAUGUAAUAAAUAAAAAACAAAGCAAUAAAUAAAGAACAAUGGAAAUAAAGAACACUGCAAUAAAUAAAGAACAGUGCAAUAAAUAAAGAACAAUGCAAAUAAAGAACAGGGCUCAAUACAAGUAGAACAAAGCACAAGACAUGUAGAACAACAGGCAAUAAAAGUAGAACAAGUCAUAAGAAAUGCAGGCCAACGCACAAUAAAUGAAGAACAGCACACAAUAAAGGCAGAACAGCACAACACCCUAAGAUAACCUUCUAGUAAUUAGUGGCGAUAUUAGUUUGUGAAUCCAAACCUCAUUUUUGUAUUAAGAGUAAGCUUGGUUAUACACUUCGAUUAUACUUCAGCUUAGAUCAUAAUAUCUUUGCUUGAAAGUUUUCUAGAUUUUUUUAUAUAAACUAGGAUAUAAGUAAUUAUAAAUAGAUUUAUAAGUUGCUAUAUUUGUCUAUUCUGUUAACCAAUAUAUUGAAGUUCUGCAUACAUAGUUAUCAAGACCCCUCGUCCUCGUCUGAUCGUAUCUUACGCAAAACACUAAUAUUAAGUAAAGCCAGUUGCUGACUGACAGUGACUGAAUUAACAAGUAAAAAUUAAAGAUUCUGUUUGUCUUCUUCUAGAUUUUUAGUCAUUGAUAUUCUGUUAAAAAAAAUAAUAUAUGAAUUACAAAGAAAAAAGUCAUUUAUAAGCACU